AUGUCCAACUUGACAGGGCGCGCGCCGCUUGUCGCAGUAGUCGGUGCUACGGGCACAGGCAAGUCUGAGUUGGCCGUGAAUAUUGCACGUAAAUACAAUGGUGAAAUCAUCAACGGUGAUGCUAUGCAGCUCUAUGAGGGCUUGCCUAUUAUUACAAACAAGAUGCCUGAAAAUGAACGUGAAGGCGUUCCUCAUCAUCUCCUUGGUUGUAUAGGCCUGGACGAAGAAACUUGGACUGUAGGCAAUUUUGUUUCGAAUGCGCUUGCCAAAAUCAGCGAGAUUCGUGCAAGAGGCCGGUUGCCCAUUCUAGUCGGUGGCACACAUUACUACACACAGUCUUUGCUAUUUCACGAUGCACUUACGAACAAGGCUCACGACGAAGAGCCGGUCAAGAAUGCAGAAAAACCGGCCAUCCUCGAAGAACCCACCGAAGUACUUCUUGAGAAGCUAAGAGAGGUUGAUCCGGUGAUGGCAGAUAGAUGGCAUCCCAACGAUCGCCGCAAGAUUCAAAGGAGUCUCGAAAUUUGGCUCCAAACCGGUCGCAAGGCCUCAGACAUGUACGAGGAGCAAAGAACACGCCGCGAGACUGCUGGUCAGAGCUUGCUCUCAGAAGAUGCCCAAGACGCAUCUCUUCUACGCAUGAGGACUCUGGUGUUAUGGGUGGGUGCCCAAUCAGAUGCACUCUCGAAACGUCUCGACACCCGCGUCGACAAGAUGGUUGCACAAGGACUCUUGGACGAAGUCUCAGCUCUCCUAAACUUUUACAAUGGCAGGAUCGCUGAUGGUGAGUCGAUCGACACGACGAGGGGUAUCUGGGUUGCCAUCGGCUACAAGGAGUUCCUCGACUACCAAGCCGCGCUGGAGAAAGGCGACACUAGCCCUGCACAAUACAAUAAACUACUUCUACAGGCUAUCGAGAAGACUAAAGCUGGCACAAGACAGUACUCAAAGCGCCAGAUUCGAUGGAUCCGCAUUAAACUCAACAAUGCCAUCGAUACUGCCGGAGCCAAAGGUUCUUUCUUCAUGCUCGACGGCUCAGACCUUGAAAACUGGCAGCAGAACGUAUCGGAAGCUGGACUCAAGAUAGUAGACGCGUUCCUCAAAGAAGAAGCACUUCCGGAUCCUUCAAGUCUGUCGCCUCUCGCAGCUGAAAUGUUGACGGCUUCCAAACCUGAUACUAGCACCCGAGCUGAUCUCUGGAGCCGCAAACAUUGCGAAGUCUGCAAUACGACAUCUGUCACGGAGAGUGAUUGGACAGUACACGUCAACAGCAAGAGGCAUAAGAAGGCAAUGUCAAGCCAGAGGAAACGUGCUCUUAACAGUACUACACAAGCAGCGACGCUUCCAGGACAAGAUAUUGUCGAAGAGAAAACAAAGGAUGAUUGA